AUGUCUGGACCGACGUCACGGUUGAGGAACUUACUCGGUCAUCUAGGGCCGACAACCCCGAAGUCACCUGUUGGCGUUGACCAUACCUAUCACAUCCAUCAGCUGUCCCCAACGUUUUUUCUAGAGAGGGCCGCUGCUAUCGAACCCGAUGCUCCCGCUAUAUAUCAUGUUACAGCUAACAACAAAGUCCUGAGGAGACCAUAUAGCGAGUUCGCGGAUCGUGCCAGGGGGUUAGCGUACUACCUUCGAAAACACGGUUAUAAACGUGUCGGUGUACUGGCGACUAACACGCCUGCUUUCCUGGAAUCGAUAUUCGGAAUUGUAGCUGGUGGCGGGGUUAUUGUCCCUGUGAAUUAUCGCUUAAAACCCGAUGAUAUCACCUAUAUUUUCGAUUUUGCUGAAGUGGAUUCUAUCAUCGUAGACAACGAGUAUCUAUCGUUAUUAGACGGCUUUAAGGAGAGCCAUCCGAAUGUGCCUUUCAUCGUUGAUCUGGAUACCGAUGCGACUGAGGGUGAGCUCUGUGGACCAUUCGACGAAGCAGUGCUGGAAGGUUUGAAAUAUGACCAGGCACAGGGUAGCAAGGGGUGGGCUGGUCUGCACGUCCAGGGUGUUCAUGAAGAUGAUAUGAUCGCCAUUCCAUUCACAUCGGGAACGACUUCGAGGCCGAAAGGAUGCGUCUAUACGCACCGAGGCGCAUAUCUCGCAGCACUAGCUAACGUCAUUGAAUCCGGAUUGAGUCCUGACAAGGGGCGGUGUAAAUAUCUGUGGACAUUACCGAUGUUUCAUGCCGUAGGCUGGACGUUCCCGUGGGCGGUAACCGCAGCUCGAGGCACGCAUUAUUGCCUCAGGAGAGUUGACUAUCCGUUAAUAUGGAAACUUCUGAAAGAAGAAGGCAUCACCAAUUUCAGUGCAGCGCCGACGGUGAAUACUUUGCUCUGCACUUCGAAAGAAGCAGCGAGGUUACCACAACCUGUAAAGGUCACUGUAGCCGCAAGCCCACCAACGCCACACCUUUUUAAGCAGAUGACCGAUUUAAAUCUACACCCCCUCCAUGUAUACGGCCUAACGGAAACUUACGGCCCAAUAACAAAGGGAUACCAUCUCCCACAAUGGGACGACCUGCCAGAGUCAGAGAGAUAUGUCAAGAUGGCUCGCCAGGGACAUGGCUUCAUAACCAGUCUUCCAAUCCGCGUCGUCAAGACCGAUCAGCCGGAAGGUGUUCUCAUCGACGUCGCCAAGGACGGCAAGGAGAUUGGCGAAAUCGUUUUUUUCGGUAAUAUUUGCUGCAAAGGUUACUAUAAGGACCCCGAAGCUACGAGGAAGCUCUUUGCUGGGGGCGCACAACAUUCUGGUGAUUUGGCUGUCUGGCAUCCGGAUGGAAGCGCGCAGAUUCAAGACCGAGCUAAGGAUAUCAUUAUUAGCGGCGGAGAGAAUAUUUCAUCGGUCGCACUCGAGGCCAUGCUGGUCCAGCAUCCGGACGUCCUCGAAGCAGGCGUCGUAGCCGUACCAGACUCGCAUUGGGGCGAGCGACCCAAGGCGUAUCUAACAGUCCAGGAGGGAAAGACGCUAGAGCCUCAAGACAUGAUCAACUGGGCUCGCACUCAAAGCGCGAUUAGUAAGUUUAUGGUCCCGCGGGAAGUCGAGAUAGUCGACGAGCUCCCUAAGACGAGUACCGGGAAGAUUCAGAAAAACGUCCUGAGGCAGUGGGCGAAGACAGGGAAGAAGUGA